CUCGAUUUAUGCGCUAUUCGCUGUGUGCUAUCUCCUGUCCACGUCAACAGGUCCAGAAUGUUGAGAUGGUGAGAUGAAUGAGCCAUGCCACGCCACGCCACGGCAUAUCCUAAUCUCUUCUCUUCUAUUCACCCCAUAGUCGCUGCACUGCUAUGCCACGCCACACCCGUCUCUACUUGCCAUUCGCCGAUGUACACACACACAUACACAGAAGAACGGGUGCAAAGCGGGGGCUACCAGACUUCCCAGCGAAUACCAUCCACCCAGCAUGUCAACUCCGGUAGACAAGGGUCCAAGUAUACCAAUCCACAUUGCUCCAACCACAAAAUAGCCGUUAAAUCCAUGCAUCAUAUGUUUUCCCUUCCUUCCCUCCUUCCCUCCUUCCAUCCCCCAUAUAUCCCACGCUCACAUCCAACACGCGCAUAAACCACACCCCACGAUGUCACCACACCCUACCAUACCACCGCGCCCCCUCUCUCCAAAACGACAAGCCCAAGCACCAGAAAAAGGAAAAAAAGGCCCACCACGCCGCCGCAUCCAGUCGCUGAACCAGCGGAACGAGCACUCCGGCCCCUCCCACCCACAAACCAAUGCACAUCCCCUCGCGCUCCCCCUGCGCCUCAUCCCCUCGCGAAGCAGUUCGCUGCGCGAUGCUUGGGUCAGGGGGCCCGCGCGCGGCAAGGAGAGAGAUAGGGGGACGCAGACGUCGAUUUGUUCGCGGCGGGGUGGGUCGUCGUCGAAGGGGAAGGGGAAGGGGAAGGGGAAAGAGAGGGGGACGCAAACCGCAUCUAUGCCUGUAUCUGUAUCUUCUGUUUCGCAUCCACAGCGGCGGAGAGAGUGCGCACCUGCUGCGGAAGUCGUGCCUACACCUCGUCCGAGUAGCAGUCAAGCGGGUCCGUCUGGACCAGAAUCUGGAUCUGAACGCCCACCGCCUACCCAUCCAAAAUACCGCGCCAUCCCCCCCCACCCCACACAACCCACCGCACAAUGCGUAUGGUGCCAAAUCAACCCCGCGCUGGAACGCGCCUGCACCUCCCCUCCCACUUCCCCGUCCCUCACGCCCAGAAAACCACCCCGCCCAGACACCAUCCCCCUCAAAACCCGCACAACACUCUUCCUCCUCCGCGCCGAAUCCCUACGGCUCCACGGCGCGGCCCUACGUCUCUGGAACGCGGAGAUACGCGCGCGCAUUGAAGCGCCGUAUACGGUUUGCUCGUUUAGUGUGCCUGAGCAUGUUUGUCCUGAGGGGGUGCUGGGGGAGGAGUUGGAUUUACCUGUUGGGACGCCGGGGGGGAGUGUGGGGGGGGAGAGUGAUGCGGAGAGUGUGGGGGGGUUGUGGGGGGGUGGGGGGAGGGGGGUGACUGUUUAG